AUUCAAUGAUUUAUAUUAUAAUCCAUGAUAUCAUCAUUGAUCAUUAAAUUUCAAUUUCAAUCACUAGAGUCUCCUAAUCCGGCUAGUGACGCAUCGCAAGAUUGACUUAGCCUACUCGCCGCCGAACUACUUCUUCUCUCAUCAAUCAGUCAAUAUAAUAUCUGCAACAGCCAUAAACCCACCAAAAAAGAUCGCCAAACACGGAAAAUAUGUCACUCUUCUCACGAACAUUACGCACCACCGCCACCGCCCUCUCCUACCGCCCUCUCCUCACAGCCCCUCGCCACAGCUUGCCCUCGUAUAACCGACAUCUAGCCGACAAACCAGCCUUCGGGGACGGCCCAGCGCCGCCGCGUCUGCCAAAAGAAGAGCAAGAAAUUUUCGAAGAACUACAGCGACAAUCAACCGGCGCAUUCAGUACGCCGCGAUCAGCACCUCCAAAAAUCAAUCAAUCGCCUGAUUCGCAGCCACAGACCGUCGCAAGCACUACACAAAGCGAGAGCAAAAGGGCAAGCGCGGGCAGUAUAACGCAAGGCGAGGAGUUGCAUCCGGAUAUGCGGCAGGGCGUGAAGCCAGAGUUUGACGGGGAGAAAAAUCCGAAGACUGGCGAGAUAGGCGGGCCGAAGAAUGAGCCGUUGCGUUGGGGGCAUCAGGGGGAUUGGAGUUAUAAUGGUCGCGUGACGGAUUUCUGAUAUAAUAGAUUGAAAUGUGGUAGAAGGAAAGAAAGAAUUGUUAGAUUGAUAGAUACUAUGUAC